AUGCGUUUCUGCACUCUUUCUGCUCUGCUUCCCUUUGCUGGAUUGGUUCUGGCGGUGGCAGAGCCUAAUGGACAGUCUUCGUCUGCCCAGUGUAUCAACAACAAAGUCGUCAAUGUCAAGGGGAGGCAAUGCCAGCAGCAGUGCAGCGUCGAAUACUGCGAGAGUUCCUACCGAAGCCUGAAGACGUCGUGCUUUUCGGACUGCAUCGAUGCUUGUGCUGCGGAUUCCAAAUGCUUGACUGCGCGAUUUGAUCGUAAGACUGGCUCCUGCUCCCUGAAGCCCAAGGCAAACAAGUCACCCAAGAGGAAGUACGGAAUCGAUGCCGUUGUGUGCCAGCCGAAACCAAAACCGAAGCCUUCGACUACUACUAGUAAGAAGACGACUACCUGCUCAACGACCACCAAGCGUCCUGCCACGACCACAUCCACCAAGCGUCCUACCACAACCACUACCACUAAGCGUCCUACCACUACUACCACCACCUCGAGCAAGCAAGUUCCAUCCACCACCACCACAAGCUCGACGACUUCUUCAACAUCAUCGAUCACCUCUACUCUCACGUCUACCUCUACCACAACGACUCCAGUGAUCACAACCUCAAGCAGUACCACUUCUGAUACACCAACGACGACUUCAACCAGCACCACUUCCGAUACCUCAACUACCUCAAGCAGUACCACGGAGAGCACAACAAUGACCACCGUAACAACCACUACCACCAGCUCAAGCACCACAACAACGUCAAGUACCUGCUCAUCCCAGCCAACUACAAUCUCAAUCCCACCAUCGCCAGGUUCAUGCGGAUGCUCAUACKCUCAAGACUGCGGCACAUUCGACCCAACAACCAAUCUCUACUGCGGAUACGACUAUGGAAUCCAAUCCACAAUCAACGACUGCAUCUUACAGUGCGAUUUUUUUGACGAUUGUUUCGCAUACACCUACGCUGUCAACGGACAAUGUAGUUUGUGUGGAGCCAAGCCCAUUGGCGAGAAAAUUUCAAGCACGGAUUUCUCGGGAUUGCGUGUCAGUGGCAGCUGUACUGGCAGGGAAGGUUGUUUGAGUUGA